AUGGGCGUCGGUAGUUUCGUUGUGGUAGCUUCGGAGGGCCAAACUGUCGCCGACGUCGACAAGCUUAUCGAACAAUGGAAAAAGGAGGCGGGCCGUGAUGAAUUUAGAAAGGCGUCCAUAGAACUUGACGUCGAGAUUAAACCUAACUACAAACCCCCACCCAAUUGGUCGUUGUGGUCGUACGACAACAAGAAAAAUCCCGCGGAUGUGUUGACAGGCGUGGAAGGGACUAUCAGCCUAUCAGACUUCAUGCGGAAACACGGUUUCGGCUACAACAUUGUGGCGAGGGGACAGCACAUGUUUGCAAAAGACUAUUUGAAGAAAUAA